CCUCGGCCUAGCGGAGGCCUCGGGACCGGUUCGACCGAGUUAGGGCCGAACAGGCCGCGGCCGGAAUUGCUCGAACCCAGCCGGCCGCUCCAGCCAGGUCGCAGCCAGCCAAAGACGCUGCGGGGCAUGGACGAGGAGCGUCGCGGAACCUGGUUCGGCUUCGGCUUCUGCGGCUUCGGGCAGGCGCUGGGCUCGGGGCUCGGGCGCCAGGUACACAGCCCCGAGCCGGUAAGGACGCCGGGCGGCAGCGUCGACGUCUGCCACGUGAGCGCGAGCUGGAGCUACACAGCCUUCGUGACCCGUGGAGGCGGGGUGCAGCUGUCAGGCGCGGCGGGCGGCGCGGCGGACGGAUACACGGACGCGUGGGCGUCGGAGGAGGUCCUGGUGCUGCUGCGCGCGGGGCCGCGAGCCGGGGCGGAACUGCAGGCCUGGGCGCCCGUUUCGGCGCUGCGCGGGGAGCCCCUCUGGUCUCAAGCCGUGCAGGAGGCAGAACACGGACCCAACCGUGAUGAGACCCAGGCGGGGCUGCUGCCGCUGCUGCCCUGCGCUUGCGCCUACGUGAGCCCGCGGCCGCCCUUCUACCGGCCUCUGGCCCCCACGCUGCGGGCGCGUCGGCUGGAGCUGGGCGCCGAGCACGCGUUGUUGCUGGACGCCGCGGGCCAGGUGUUCUCCUGGGGCGCGGGCAGGCAUGGACAGCUGGGCCACGGGACCCUGGAGCCAGAGCCAGAGCCCCGGCUGUUGGAGGCGCUGCAGGGCCUACGCAUGGCUGAAAUCGCCGCAGGUGGCUGGCAUUCUGUGUGCCUGAGUGAGACAGGAGAUAUUUAUAUCUGGGGCUGGAAUGAAUCAGGGCAGCUGGCCCUACCCACUAAGAGCCUGGCAGAAGAUGGAAAGACAACUGCAGGAGAAGCCUCAGGACUGGAUGAAGAUGGUUCCGAAGUGAAGAGAGUCUCUGCGGGUGAGGAUGGAGCCCCUGCCCCCUUCAUAGCGGUCCAGCCGUUCCCAGCUUUACUGGAUCUCAGCCCGGGCUCAGAGGCAGUCAAGGUCAGCUGCGGAUCCCGGCACACGGCAGUGCUGACAAGGACGGGGGAGCUCUACACCUGGGGCUGGGGUAAAUAUGGACAGCUCGGCCACAAGGACACAACUACUUUGGACCGGCCCUGCCGUGUGGAGUACUUUGUAGAUAAGCAACUCCAAGUAAGAACUGUGAGCUGUGGGCCCUGGAACACCUAUGUGUAUGCUGUGGAGAAAGAGAAGAGCUGACCUAUGGAUAAGGGCAUAAAAGAACAGCAGAGUGGAAAAUUAUACAGCCAACACCUGUGAAACUCCCCACGGGGCAAGGAAAACCACUGCCAGCACCCAGAGGCCUCUCCCGGUCACAGCCCUCUUGCUCCACCUUAGAGCAGGCAGCAUCUUCAACUUUGUCCCCUCACUAGAAACACCUGGAGGGGACUCCCUGGUGGUCCAGUGGAUAGGACUCUGCGUUUUCACUGCUGAGGGAGCAGAUUCAAUCCCUGGUCGGGGACAUAAGAUUCCACAGGCUGCAGGGUUUGUGUGCCCCACACUCCCAGAAAAAAAGAGAAACACCAGGAGAUUUGUAACUGGAUGCCUAGAGACGCAUCUUGAAGAGAAAGUGAAAGUCGCUCAGUCAUGUCGGACUCUUUGGACCCCAUGGACUAUACAGUCCAUGGAACUCUCUAGGCCGGAAUACUGGAGUGGGCAGCCUUUCCCUUCUCCAGGGGAUCGUCCCAACCCAGGGAUUGAACCCAGGUCUCCUGCAUGGCAGGCAGGUUCUUUACCAGCUGAGCCAGGGCCGGCACCAUAGCCAUGAUGAAAUCGUGAACUUGAGGGUGUAGAACGUAGGCGUGGGUAGAUUUUUAAAGGGCUUCCCUAGUGGCUAAGACAGUAAAGAAUCUGCCUGCAAUGCAGGAGACCUGGGUUCAGUCCCUCCCUGGGUCAGGAAGAUUCCCUUGAGAAGGGAUGGCAACAUGCCCCAGUAUUCUUGCCAAGCUGCCCCAUCCCAGGUGAUUUUUGAGGUAGUGCUAAGACUCGGAACUGCUAGAGGUCAUCUUUUGUUAUUCAUUUGAACUGUUUUCACUUUGAA